AGUUUCCCUGGCAACAAUUGACAGCACCGCAGUCUUCAGACAUGUCAAAUCCCAACAAAUCCAGAAGGCCAUCACACCCAAAAUGCCUGGUGAUGUACGAUGACACUUGAGCUGUCAACCCUCUUGUGUCCUUUUGUGCUGUAGUACCCAGUGUUUGUAAUGGUGAUGGUCUACAACCUACUUGCAUUGACACGCCAGCUGCCUGAUUGAUCGAUGUCCCGUCCUGCUCCGUGUCCCAUUUAUACUCUAAGAGGGGCAAGCGCUCCUCUUAACACCCUCCACUUCAGAUGCCCUGGAGGAGAUACCCCCCUGCUGUUUUCUGGGUCUGCCAAAGGUGCUAUCCACAUCUGGAACCUGAACAGCAGGAGGGCAGAGAUGGUAGUAGAGGGUCACUGUGGUAAUUCAGUCAUUUGGGUCAGCACACUGCGGUCAGGAGAUUCUCUCAUCAGCCAGGGACGUGACAUGCAGGUCUGCCUGUGGGACCUGAAAGAAAGCCGCAGUGAGGCAGUGGACUCUGUGUGGACGGGCAGUGUUGGAUUCUGCCAGUGCUCAUUGCUGGAAACGAGCCCGUCAAACUACCUGCUGGCCUUUGCUGGCUCGCAGACCGAGGAGAUCAAGAUUUUUGAGAUGCCCAGUAAGAGCCCAGUCUCCACGCUGAUUCCAGACACAAAGCUGGGAAUGGUCAUGUGCAUUAAACUAUGGAAGUCUGACUCAGGUCUUGGACCUCUCCUGUUUGCUGGAUACGAGGAUGGUUCCCUGUUGCUGUGGGACGUAACCCAGAGGUCCGAGCUGAGCCAUGUCAAAGCCCACCCCGAGCCCAUCAUGUGCCUGACCUUUGACCUCAGGCAUCUGAGGGGUGUAUCGGGCUCCUGUGAGAAGAAGCUCUCCUCGUGGAUGCUGGACAACCAGAACAACAUACAGCUCCAGGACUGUGUGAUGCUGGUCAAUCCUGGUGUUUCUCAGCUCCGCAUCAGGGAUGAUAGCCGCCUGCUGGCAUCUGCGGGCUGGGACCACCGAGUGAGAGUAUUCGGCUGGAAGAAGCUGCAGCCGCUGGCGGUCCUUCAGUACCACACAGACAUGGUGCUCAGCUUGGCCUUUUCUGAUCACCAGGACCCCAGGCAAAGACUGCUGGCUGCUGGAUCCAAGGACCAGCGCAUCAGCUUGUGGUCCAUUUACAAUGAGCGAGCUGACACAGGCUGAGUCUCUGUGCUCUGGGAGGAUUUUCAGAGGGAAUUAAAAAAUAUCUGCGCUGGUUUAUAGUGACCCAGUUUUUUUAUACCCUUCCCAGUGACUCAUUUUUCCAGCGUGAGUGCAUACAAGUAGGCAUGAUUUGAUGCAUAGAUGAGAUAAUCUAAGUAACUCUUUCAUCUCCUGUUCAAUUCUAAACUUACUACCUUUAUUAGAUGACCUGAAGCAUCUUUAUUCUGUUUUCUGCAUUAUAAGAAAUAUUGGAAUUGUUAAAAAUUAGAAUUGGCUGGUCUGACCUCCAAGAAAACUAGAAACCAGGCACUGGACAGGAAAAACCUGAUCAGUGCAUUUCUUUAACUUUAACGGUAACUUCUUGAAGCCCUUAUAUACUUUGAUGUUAGUAAAUGGCCCAAGCCUGCUUUCACGUCACAGAGCUACAUUGUAUGAUAUACAUUACCAUUUUAUUAACUAUAUUUCAAUCUUUAAAUGCCUUUUUUUUAUAUUUUUAUGCCAAACAUAAAAGUUAUUGGGUCAGUAACGAUUACACACAAAUGUGCCUUUGUGCCCUUGCUCCUAUACUAAAGGACAUUUUUCCAGGGACAAUAAACCUUCUUAGUCCUUGGAAAACAUUAUUACUUUUAAGUUUGUAAUGUAUUCUAUAUAUUGUUGUCCAUUUCACAGAAAAAUUAAACCACAAAUAAUUGUAUUUCUUUUUUAAGGGUUUGUAAGAAAAACAUUCACAAUUUUGAAAAGGGAAUUUUGCAGAAAAGGUCCAGUUUUUCAUAUAAGAUGAAAGUCCAUUUAAAAAAAAGCAUAUGUCAGCCUAAAACCAUAAAAUGACUGAACAAGAAAAAAUGUACUCUGUACCAUUAGUUUAAUUUCUAUGCUAAUGUUCAGAUAAAAGAACUGCUAAAACCUG